AUGAACAAAGAUUUCCUUAACAAUAUUAGUAAAAUAGAUUUUAUAUUUCUCACUGAAACCUGGUCUAAUGCUGACAUUGACCUCCCAGGUUUUAAGGCUUUUGUCUCUAACACUACAAUACCACGAACUGAUAAAGCAUGUAGAAUAUCAGGUGGUAUUACCUUACUGUAUAAAGCAGAAUAUGAAAAACAUAUUUCAAUUGCCAAAAAGUCAGAAAAUCUUUUAUGGUGUAAAAUCUCAAAAGAUCUUUUAAGCACUAACACAGAUUUAUUUAUAUGUGGUGUAUAUAUUCCACCAGAAAAAUCAGUAUACUUUGACAAUGAAAUUUUUGAAGAGCUUGAAAACGAUAUUAUUUCCUUUUCAUCAAAAGGCAAAACUAUGAUUCUUGGUGAUUUUAAUGCCAGAACAUGUAAAUUGGAAGAUUUUGUAUCCAAGGAUGGAAACAAUUUCAUCAUUGAUGCAAGUGAGAAUUGCAUGCUUCCAAAAAAUAGAGAAAACUUUGAUAAUAAUAUAAAUAACCAUGGCAAACAAUUAAUCAAUAUAUGUAAAAAUACUGACAUGAGAAUCAUUAAUGGGAGAACCAAAGGUGAUUCUCUCGGUAGACCCACUUUCCAUGGAAGAAACGGUGCAAGUGUCAUUGACUACAUUAUAUGUGACCAAGACACCUUUCAACGUGUUAAUAAUUUUAUUGUCAAACCACCAACAUAUUUAUCUGAUAAUAGCCAAAUAGUGGCAUGGUUUGAUAUCCAGACAAUCCCUAAAACUGAAGAACAUGACCAAUCCAAACCACCAUUACAUAAACUGCCGCUUCAAUUUGAUUGGUCAGAAAAUUCAAAAACUAAUUUUAGAAAAGCACUCAAUUCACCUGAAACCCAAAACAAAAUGAUUGAAUUUCUAAGCACAAACUUUACUAAUGACAUAAAUGGUGUCAAUGAAUGUGUUACAGAAUUCCAAAAUAUUUUAACUAAUGCAUCCAAAAAGUCUUUGAAAAUCAAGAAAAAGAAAACUAGACGAAAAAUAACUAACAUAGCAAAUAAAAAAUGGUUUGACAAAGAAUGUCGAAUUAAGAGACAUGAACUUCGAAAGCUUGCAAACCAGAAACAUAAAGACCCCAAAUCUUGGUCUAAGAAAUGCAUAUCAAACAGCUCUCAAAAUAUACAAAGAUACUCUACAAAUCAAGAAAAACGAAUUCCACAAAAAUAA